AUGGACGUAGACGACACCGACUCGACCUCGUAUGCGAUUGCAGUCGCGCCACUCGACGACAGCAGCGUCACCGACUCCCCUCGACUCGACGACGACAACGAGGCCCUUCCGGCUGACGACGCAGAGUGGCCGAUCGUUCCAGACUCUGUCUCGUUGGACGCGCCAGAUCUGACAUUCGACGCGCCAGAGCUGGCACUCGACGCACCAGAAACCUUGUCACCAUCCUCGACAAGCUCCUACCACAUUUCAAUCGGGUCCCCGGACGACAGUAGUAUUGCCAGUCACAGCCGCGUGUCUUUUCAGUUGCAGCAAGCACUUGACGUUCUUCUUACGCAGCUCUCGGUCACGAGCCUUGGACCCGUCGUGCUCUGGCGCUGGGACCACCUGGAGCUGCCCCAACACUUGUUUUUUCUAUGCAUUGACGUCGGCUACGCGGAGGACGACCCGCCGGUCGCUGUCGUGCCGUGGCAGCCCCUCGACACCCUUCUGAACACCACGACUCGCUUUCAACUCGCUCUGUUAUCAAAUAGCGUGUGGUUUCGGCUCGGCGUCGCCACGUCACUGCCCACCGACGACGAGAGCGACGACGCCGCCGUCUUGUUCUCCCCAUGGGAGGUUGUGACGCGGUGCGCCAGUCUUCCGCCACCGGCCGUUCAGAGCGAUGUAUCGUCCGCGACCUUUUCCUGGCCGACGUGGCCCCUCGAGCUUUUGCAUUGUGCCUCACUGCAGCUUGAACGGUGCAUCGGUGACGACGACGUUUGGCGCCUCGAGUAUAAUGGCCUUGUCGGUUCGGUGCGGGUGACGGACUUGCCUCCGCAGUCACGACUCGUCUUCCGCGCGCGUCUGACACACUGUGCCGACAUCGUUGGCACAGCACUGCUCGGCGCGACCGCAGAAACGAGCGACUGGACGCUUCUCUCCAUCGUGACGGCACCGGCCAUGGUGUGCGUCUGGGGCGCCCAGCAGCACUGGUGGCUCCACGCUGCGUUGAGUGACGCGCUUGCGUCGGCAGGUGCUUGGACGGUUGUUGUCAGCACCGGUAGCGAGACCAUGCAGCAACCGCUCCGUAACUUUGAUACGCCGUACAGGCUACUCCACCUGCAACCCGACACCGAGUACAAUGUCCACCUCCAAGUGCAGAGCGGGUGCUGUGCGGCGACAUCGCCUCCCGAGCGCCUUCGCACGUCGCUUUCUCUGCAUCUCGAUGCCGUUGUAUCCCACUUGCCUUCCACGCAGCUGCGUUGGUCGACCCUUCCCCCUUGGCUCGCCACGUCCGCUGUACGACUCGAACUCCAAGUCUACACCGCCAACGACACGUGGACCACCAGUGACGCGCCAGCGAAUCGUGACAACGCGGCGUCAUCGAUGGUCGUGGACGUGGCACCGCAAGAGCUGCUCGAGGUGUACCGCUUGACGCUGCACACUGGCUCGGCAGAUGUAGCAUCGUCCGUACCAGUCGCCGUUGUCCAAGCCAUUCCGCUUCGCCUACGCGGCAUUGGGUGCCACCUGCGGCUCGAGUGGUCCUGGGCGCUGCCGCCGCACCUGGUCGAGUACUCGGCGCGCUUCCACGUGUGGCUGUCCCGAGAUCGCACGCCGCUGGAACGUCUCGAACCUGCGCCGACCCUAUUUUAUGAACCCGACAGCAACACGUACGUCACUGAUGUGGUGCUGGCGCGCGCGACAACCUACACGUGCGCGGUCGUCGCUGAAAUUGACGAGCAGUUUACAUCGCCGCUCGCGGGUGUGUCGUACUCGACCGCCUGGCCUCCUUGCACGGUCGACGUUGUCGACGUUACGCACGCGAGCGCACUGCUCGUGCUCAGUCUCCCGACGCCCGACUGGUGUCGCACCGGCCUCGAGAGUCGCGUCGAGAUCGAGCACGACGGGGCAUGGGUCGACGCCGCGCCUGUGACAGUAGCCACGAGAACGGACGGUGUCUGUCGGCUUGAAGGCCGCCUUCGGUCGCUGCCAUCGCACUGCGAGUGUCUCGUGCGGCUAAGCGUACGCUGGACCACCACCCAUGCGUUUGAAGCCAUUGCGCAAACCACGUUUCUCACCGGCUGCGGCCUCCUGACGAUCCAAGCGCUCGACAAUGGCCAGUUGCAACUGUCGUGGCCACCAGCGCCCGACGCGCAUGCCGAGUACGACAUCCAGUGCUACGUGCCGUCGCACCGUCGCUUUGAAACACGGUUUUCGACCUUCGACACUACGUACGAGACGCCUGAGAUGGGCUUGCCGCUCCACGUGCUGUGGUUGCGCCUCCAAACACGAGUCGGGACCCUCUGCGCGCUUCCGGGCGCGCCCACCCUCUGCCUCACCGCGCCGGCACCACCGACCGUGGCGCUGGCCGACGCGCGUCACGUGACAUUGCACUUUGGCGGUCUGCACCGCACGCAGCUGCCACCGCAUCUUCACAUAGAGACCGUCCUUUGUACGUUCGAGCCACUGCCGAGAGACGCGAGUGUCGACGACCACGUCCACAAUACCCUAACCUUACGUGGACUGCUGCCGGCCACGAGCUACCGCGGGCGGUUGUGCUGCACGUGCACGAUCGACGGCCUUGCGCUGGUUGCCGCCAGCGCCGACAUUGCGUUUGAAACGACAGCGUGCGCGCCCGACCCUCCGCUUGUGCUUCACGUCGAAGAGAUUGUCUUGCCGGUUGGGAGGCCAGCGCGGUUUGUCGCGACGAGCUACCUCCGCGUGCACUGGGCGCCCGCGACACCCAACGGCGCGUCGAUCCACGGGUACGCCCUCGAGAUGGCGUGGUCCCACGACGGUCAGCAGCUGACGCUUCCUUGGCGCGGCGUCUACGUCGGCGUCGAGCCCACCUACUGUCCCAGCGCCGACGACCUGCAGCACCAUGACGCGUUCGUGCAUUUUCGGCUCCAAGCCGCCAACGCCUUGGGCUUUAGCGAUUUCGUGGGCAGCGCGCCGCUCGAGGUGCAGUCGCGCGUGUCGGGGCAGCCGCUGCCCCCGACGCCGACCAAACCGACGCGCCUCUCGCCGCUCGCGCCUCGCCAGCAGGUAUCCGCUGCGCUGCCCACCGUCUCUAUCGAUGGCCUUGUCUCGCCGUGCAAGCAGUAUCUGGCGUCGCGCCACUUGAAUCUACCGCCCGCUGUCUUCCAGGCCGAGCGCAAGCGCUGGUUGGAGCGCGAAGGGCGGCUGGCACCAACGCCGUUGGACGCGACCGUAGCGCUCUAUCGGCCAACGCAAAUACGCAAACAACAGCAAAAGCAUCUAAGCAUGCAGUGA